UCCGUUUCAUGAAGAGUGGCGGCAAACAGAAGAUGGUUCUCAAGUUCGGGAACGUUGUGGACCCGGAGUGCGAAGUGGCGGACGUCACACACAUCUACAAACAGGAAUCAGACGUUUACAGCGUUGUCUUAAGCGCUGUGGAUCUGUCAAAGAACCGGAACUCGUUCUAUAAGCUCCAACUUCUUGAACACGACACCAAAAAGACCAAGUAUUUUGUGUUCAAAGCGUGGGGACGAGUGGGCACAACCAUCGGCGGCACUACACUCGAGGAGUUCUCGACGGUCAGCGACGCCAUCCACUACUUCACCGAACACUACGUCGACAAGACUGGGAACGAGUGGUCGGCGCGACACCACUUCCAGAAAGUGCCCGACAAGUACUUCCCGGUCGACAUCGACUUCGCCGGUGAUCAGACGGACUCUAUGGCCAAACUGGAGGUCGGGAAGCGGUCAAAGUUGGCGCUCUCUGUCCAGGACUUCAUUUGCUCCAUAUUUGAUGUCCAGAAGAUGAGGGAACAGAUGUUGGAGUUCGUGCUGGACAUGGAGAAGAUGCCAUUGGGUGUACUGUCGAGGAAUCAAUUACUUUACUCCAGAUAUCAUCUCUUAGUAUUGUCCGAAUUAGUGAAAGAGGAGCCGCAGAACACAUCCCAACUGAAGUCGGCCACCAAUGAGUUCUAUACUCUGAUUCCUCACAACUUUGGUACCGAACGGCCGCCGCUGAUCGACACGGAGGCCGCCAUCAAGACUAAGAUGGAUAUGUUGGACGCGCUUCUGGACGUUUACAUUCAGUUUGACAUUAAAAUGUUGAAAAACAGACCCUAUAUGCAAAACUCGGAUCCACUUCAUCAACACUAUCGCAUAUUGUGCACAACGAUCGAGCCGUUGAGCAAAACGGGGCAAGAGUUCAACAUAAUUGAGAAGUACUUAAAGAACACUCACACCUCGACCCAUCACUUCUCACUGGACAUUGUGGACGCGUUUAAGAUCGAACGCGAGGGCGAGUCGGAGCGGUUCCAGAAGCACAAGGACUCGGAUAAUCGGCUACUGCUAUGGCACGGCUCACGGGUGACCAACUUUGUGGGUAUUUUGUCUGACGGUCUCCUCGUUGCGCCGAAGGGUGUCCCCAGCAAUGGUCGGCAUACGUUCGGCAAAGGCAUCUAUUUCUCGGAUAUGGUCACUGCGGCCGCCGGCUAUUGUUACUAUCAAUACAAUAAGAAUGUCGGCUAUUUGUUGCUCAGCGAAGUGGCCGUCGGAAAGACUUGGGAUCUAAUGAUAGCGAAACCAGAUGUCGUUUCACCCCCUGACGGAUAUCACAGCGUGAAAGGUGUGGGACAGACACAGCCCGACCCGAUGAAGGAUCACGUGAUGUCGAACGGGACUCGAGUGCCGUCCGGCCCAACCGUUAAGAGUGACCAAAAGUGUUCGCUUCUGUACAACGAGUUUGUUGUCUACGAUAUAAGUCAAGUGAACGUCAAAUAUCUACUGAAAUGUCAAUUCAAAUUGAAAAUUCACUGCUCAGACAUCUGUCAAUACCUGUACACGAAUGGCGUUUACAAUGGGAUCAGACUAUACAGACAUUGGGAACAGUCUUCGCAGAUAUCGACUCACAAAAUGUACGCCAAAGGAAACGAGUGGUCAUUUCAUAUAGAAAACAAUGGGAACAAAGGUCUUCGUGUGUCCAGUAAUGUCUCGAGUGUUGAAUCCAUCGAUAAAUCAAUUGUUAACAUAUUUUCUGGUCUAAUACCGACCAACGGCUACACCAAUAAUCCGGGUCUUUAUGGGAUUACGCCAGAAAACACUGGAUUAACGUCUUCGGGGACCAACUGUUCCAUACCUCAAAGCACAGGCACUGUAUUUGACGAUAGCGUACACUACUAUAGACAGGGAAUUAUCUUCAGUCCAGUUGUCGGCCGUAAAGACAGACCAAACAAUUAUGUGAUAGUUUUGAAAACAAGCGACCAUUCGGUGGAAGUGUUGCGCGUAUCGGACGACCCGAAGAACCUGUUGACCAUCAUUACUGACCCGUCGACUUGCAAAUCGCCAGAGUGUCAGCCGUUGAUGAUUACCACUGAAUUGCCCGACAAAUUGUUGGACAAAUUAGAGGGUAUUGUUGACUAUGAAGUGUCCGCUGAAUCGGCGGGACAUAUGUUGUGGUUCGCCAUCAAUGGUCAGCCCAUCAACUAUUUACUUCUCCUAUUGGCUCUGUUUGUCAUACUAUCGGUCGGUAUUUUGAUUGUAUUCAGUGUUUUCGACAAAAAGGAGACCGAAAGUGAUGUCGAAAAUUCUGGUCAAACGCCUGUCAAAACCGAUUCG